UGUUUCCGCCUCCAUCCAUAUAUAUAAUAUUCUUGGGGAACCCUAGAAUUCCAGAACCCUAAUAAUCGAAGAAUCGAAGAGCUGCCGACAGAGAUAAGAGCGAAAUGGCGAAAUCAAAGAACCACACGGCCCACAACCAAUCCUACAAGGCCCACAAGAAUGGCAUCAAGAAACCCAGAAAGCAGAGGCACACGUCCACCAAAGGGAUGGAUCCGAAGUUUUUGAGAAACCAGAGGUAUGCAAGAAAGCACAACAAGAAGAAUGGUGGUUCUGCAACCGAGGAAGAGUAAAUCAAUGAGGGUUGGGAUUCUUUAAAGUUUGGAUAUUGUUGAAAUGGUUUUCAGAUUUUAAUGUUUUGGAAGUUUUUUUCGACCUUUUCAGUUAAUAUUGACUGUGGGUAAGUUUCUGUGUGCAAGACUAGCAAUACGUCUUGUUGGAGGAUUGAUCCCCAGCGUGUUAUUUACUUGAAUUAGCAGCAUUACCCUUAACAAUUUUGAUAGAUUAUAUUAUGUUGAAGUAUUACGCAUUUAAAUUAUAAUCAGUUUCUUAUGCUUCUGUUAGAAUCUUGGGAGAAUUAACAUUGAUGAUUUCAGUUCAUGUGAAUAAAUAACAUUGAUGAUAACUUCUGAACGA